CUUCCCAGCACGAGGGGAGCUAGUAGUCCCGUUUCCCGAUCUUUCCGCCCGGAACCUCCUCGCUGACUCAGUGGCGCCUCAGGCUUCAGGCCGUAGGUCGCGAGGUGGAGGGAUGGCGGGCAAGGCCUGGAGCUGCCCUGAGAUUUCGCAGCCGGCUGCCUGUUGGGCCGGAAGUGGAGGGGUUUAGAGGCUGCAAACUUUCCCCGGGCCCCUCCUUGGCGGAGAUGGAACUUCCGCCUGAGUUGAAGACAGAUUUAGAGCCGACUUUUUGCCGUUGUUCUUUACAAGCCACAUUAACUCUCUUCUAGAAGACAGCUUUACAAGGAUCUAGAAGGACCAAAUUUGGGCUCCGGAACUCUGCAGCAACCAGCUUAGCAGGUCAUACAUUCUUCAGGAGCUGAGAAUUCAUAAGUCUGGUCUUCACCGUGAUUUGGAACUUCCCAGUCUCAGAAAAGUUGACCAAGGGACUGCACAGGACUGAGUCCAUAUGGAAGAAGAACUGCCUGGUUUCUAUGGAGAAAGUGGCAAGCCAGUCCAGGCUACCCUGUCAUCCCUGAAGAUGUUGGAUGUGGGGAAGUGGCCAAUCUUUUCCCUUUGUUCUGAGGAAGAGCUGCAGUUGAUUCGUCAGGCCUGUGUCUUCGGCAGUGCUGGCAAUGAAGUUUUAUACACCACAGUCAACGACGAGAUUUUUGUGCUUGGCACAAACUGCAGUGGCUGUUUGGGGGUAGGUGACAUUCAGAGCACCCUUGAGCCCCAGAGACUGGAUUCUUUAACUGGCAAAAAGAUAGCCAGCCUCAGCUACGGGAGUGGCCCACACAUCGUCCUUGCAACAACAGACGGAGAAGUCUUUACCUGGGGUCACAAUGCAUAUAGCCAGCUGGGCAAUGGGACAGCGACUCAUGGUUUACUGCCCUGCCAUAUCUCUACUAACUUGUCAAAAAAACAAGUCAUUGAGGUUGCCUGUGGGUCUUAUCACUCUUUGGUCCUAACAUCUGAUGGAGAGGUAUUUGCCUGGGGUUAUAAUAACUCUGGGCAGGUAGGAUCUGGAUCAACCGCUAAUCAGCCCAUUCCUCGAAGGGUCACAGGAUGUUUGCAGAAUAAAGUCGUUAUGAACAUAGCAUGUGGGCAGAUGUGCUCCAUGGCCGUUGUGGACACUGGAGAGGUCUAUGUCUGGGGUUACAAUGGGAAUGGACAGCUAGGCCUGGGCAGCAGUGGCAACCAGCCAACCCCCUGUAGAGUGGCAGCCCUGCAAGGCAUUCGUGUCCAGCGGGUUGCCUGUGGCUACGCACACACAUUAGUACUAACAGAUGAAGGUGAAGUGUACGCUUGGGGUGCAAAUUCAUAUGGCCAGCUUGGCACUGGCAAUAAAAGUAACCAGUCCUAUCCUACCCCAGUUGUUGUGGAAAAGGACAGGAUCAUAGAGAUCGCAGCCUGUCACUCUGCCCACACAUCUGCCGCCAAGACCCAGGGUGGGCACGUGUACAUGUGGGGCCAGUGCCGGGGCCAGUCGGUGACCCUUCCCCACCUCACCCACUUCUACUGCACCGACGAUGUGUUCGCCUGCUUUGCCACCCCCGCCGUCACCUGGCGCCUUCUCUCCGUGGAACCUGAUGACCACCUCACUGUGGCUGAGUCACUGAAGAGGGAAUUUGACAACCCUGACACUGCAGACCUCAAGUUUCUGGUUGAUGGAAAAUACAUUUAUGCUCACAAAGUCCUUCUCAAAAUUAGGUGUGAGCAUUUUCGUUCUUCAUUAGAAGACAGUGAAGAUGAUAUUGUAGAAAUGAGUGAAUUUUCAUAUCCGGUGUUCCGAGCUUUCCUGGAAUACCUAUAUACAGAUAACAUCAGCCUAUCUCCCGAGGAGGCAGUAGGAUUGCUAGAUCUGGCCACAUUUUACAGCGAGACUCGGCUGAAAAAGCUCUGCCAGCAGACCAUCAAGCAGGGGAUCUGUGAGGAGAAUGCGAUCGCUCUGCUCUCCGCUGCUGUGAAGUACGAUGCUCAGGAUUUAGAAGAGUUCUGCUUCAGAUUUUGUAUAAAUCAUCUGACUGUAGUAACACAGACUUCAGGAUUUGCAGAAAUGGACCAUGAUCUUCUGAAGAACUUCAUCAGCAAAGCCAGCAGAGUUGGAGCCUUUAAGAACUGAUCCCUGAUACGGAAAGGGAUGUUUAAGCCUUUCCAUGUCACCCCUGCAAAAAUAAAUAAAUAAAACAUUAAAAAAAUAAAGGCCACUGAUAAACAACUUUUCUGUAAUUGACAGUGUUGAGUUACAUCUGGCCAAAAUCUUACGUUCUGUAAAAAGGUCGGCAGUCAGGCUUCUCCAUCUGCCUAGCCUGGAGUUUACAGUGGAAGGCUGAGGGCUCCACUAGGUGUGACACACUCAAACGCUGAAGAUGUACCCGGCCUCACACCACUGGAGACUCCCCCUCUCCUCGCAGGUAUUUGUUGUAAAUAGCUUCUUGGUUAGGGUGGAGCUUUGUGUCCACUUCCCCUUCUCCAGCCAGGAGUCUGUCCUGAGCUGGAGCAGGCCUUGUGCAUGCUGUCAGUCUCUGGUUUCAUACGUGCAUUUGCUCUGUUGUGUCGGCGCAGGCUCCAUGCUCAGGCGUAGCUGAGUAGCAUAACUAGAUUCCAUGGGUCCUUUUAUGUUGUUUUGUUUUGGUAUUUUUUUUUGUCAUUCUGAUUGGUUGGUUAUCUUUUUCUGAGGGUUUUUUUUGGGGGGGGUGGUUUUGUUUUUUGAGAGAAAAGGAACAUUUAGUUGGACAGGCAUUAAAGUUAGGAGGUCCUGGGAGAAGUUUAGGUAAAGAAAGAGUAUAAUGAAGACAUGAAAAAUAAAAAAGUACCACUUAAAAAAUGAAAAUGUCAUUAUAGUUACCAUUUCUUCCUUUGAGUCACUAAUGAUAUCUUUGAGACACUGAAACAUUCUUUUCUGGGAAAAUGUUCAUUAUUCAGCUGGCUGAUACACAGGUAAACAAGGAAUGCUGUCACACCCAUAUUUUAGCCUCUAACACAGUGCCUUGUGUAUACAAGGCAUCUAGGUCAUUUUCUGUCAACCUGUGGGUGUGCUGUGAACAGCUAGAAGGCUGGGUGAAGGAAUAAAAUUAGAAGUCUAUAACUGAAUUCGCAUUUCAGUUCUUAGUUCUGAGAAGUAGUAGCUAAUUUAGAGCAUUAUUAGAAUUCGCAAAAGGCCUUAACAUUUAAAUUGCCAAAGGCCCAAGGGCUAAUUUUAAUUUUCUACUUUCCAAGUUAUUAAUUUCUCAUAUGGCAUUAUUGAUAUAUUAACUCUGAAUGUUAUUUCUGGAAUCAUCUGCCAUAUGUAAUUGUAUAAAACCCUUUGCUUUUCUUUAUAUUAAGGAGGGUCUUCCUCUGUAAGAUUGUAUUUUUUGGUAGCUAGCUUUUAUGUCACUAUAAGACACGUUUCUUAACCUGGUACUAGGAAAUACUACGUGAGAAGGAACUGACACAUUUCAUGGGUAGCACUAAUACGGUGGAGAAAGAGUUUUUAGACCAUACCCUGUAGCACCAGAGAAACCAGACAAGAUGCAGUGUUGGAUUCUUCAGUCUCAAUAUGUUACAUAAAGGAAACAUUUUUGGAAAUAGAAGUCUUAUUCUCAUGUAUUUGAUAAUAAAGUACUUACUU